ACAAAGAAGAAGAAGAAAAAGCCCUAGACACCCCCAACUCGCUUAGCAGACAGCUAACUCCAAGCUCAACAGUCAGUCGCGUGGUACCGUUAGUAGCUGGUUAGCUUGUAGACAUUUCAAAAGCCAGCGGGCCAGGAUGCAAGAAGGUUAUUUGUGAGGGACGACUCCCUAACCACGUGUCAUGUCUCUGGUUUUUCCACGACCCAACACGAAUCCAUUUCACGGCAAGAAGGAAAAGAGAAUGAUGGCAGAAGUGAAUGCAUCACCACUUAAGCAUUUUGUUACAGCAAAGAAGAAGAUCAAUGGUAUCUUUGAACAGUUGGGGGCCUACAUCAAGGAGAGUGAUUCCUUUCUGGAAGAUGCUUACAGAAGUGAAGAGCUGGACCCCGUCACCACGGAGGAGCAGGUCCAAGAUGUCCGGGGUUACCUUGCCAAAGUAGCAGGGAUUGGAGAAGUGCUUGCCCGCCGCCACAUGAAGGUGGUCUUCUUUGGAAGGACCAGUAAUGGAAAGAGCUCAGUGAUCAAUGCCAUGCUGUGUGACAAGGUUCUGCCAUCUGGAAUAGGACACACCACCAACUGCUUCCUGAGGGUAGAAGGCACAGAUGGCAAUGAGGCCUUCCUCCUCACAGAAGGCUCUGAGGAGAGGAAGAGCAUAAAGACGGUGAACCAACUGGCCCAUGCUCUCCACCAGGAUGAGGACCUGGAUGCAGGCAGCCUAGUCUGUGUCAUGUGGCCUAAAGCCAAGUGUGCUCUGCUUAGGGAUGAUCUGGUGCUUUUAGACAGCCCAGGUAUAGAUGUUACUACAGAACUGGACAGCUGGAUUGACAAGUUCUGCCUGGAUGCGGACGUGUUUGUUCUGGUAGCAAACUCGGAGUCAACCCUGAUGCAGACGGAGAAGUCAUUUUUUCACAAAGUCAAUGAGCGCCUGUCCAGUCCCAACAUUUUCAUCCUCAACAACCGUUGGGAUGCCUCUGCCUCAGAACCUGAAUAUAUGGAAGAGGUCCGCAGGCAGCAUAUGGAUCGCUGCACCAAUUUUCUGGUAGAUGAGUUGGGUUUGGUUGACCGAGCCCAGGCCAGUGACCGUAUCUUCUUUGUAUCUGCCAAGGAAGUACUCCAGGCUCGAAUGCAGAAGGCUCAAGGAAUGCCUGAAGCAGGUGGUGCUCUGGCAGAGGGAUUUCAAGCCAGAAUGUUUGAAUUCCAGAAUUUUGAGAGGCGAUUUGAGGAGUGUAUCUCACAAUCAGCCGUGAAGACAAAGUUUGAGCAACACACAGUCAGGGCCAAGCAGAUCUCUGAAGCCUUGCGCCGCAUCAUGGACUCUGUGCACAUUGCUGCUCAAGAGCAGAGAGUCUACUGCCUUGAGACCAAAGAGGACCGUCAAGACCGCUUGGAGUUUAUAGACAAGCAGUUGGACCUGUUAACCAUGGACUGUAAGGCUAAAAUUAAGAAGAUUACUGAGGAAGUGGAGAGACAGGUGUCUAAUGCCAUGGCAGAAGAGAUCAGGAAGCUCCAUGUACUGGUGGAUGAUUUCCACAUGGACUUCCACCCAUCACUAGUGGUGCUCAAGGUUUACAAGAAUGAACUCCAUCGGCACAUAGAGGAGGGUCUGGGCAAGAACAUGUCAGAGAGGUGCUCUACCUCCAUCACUAAUGCCCUGCAGGCCACACAGACCGACAUGAUUGAUGGUCUGAAGCCUCUGUUGCCCAGCCCGGUCAGAGAGCAGGUGGACAAGCUUGUUCCUCGUCAGUGCUUCAGCCUUAGUUAUGACCUGGCCUGUGACAAACUUUGCAGUGACUUUCAGGAGGACAUCGGCUUCCAUUUCUCUCUGGGCUGGACCAUGCUGGUCAACCGUUUCCUGGGGCCCAAGAACACUCGACGGGCACUCAUGGGCUACAAUGACCAGGUUCCUCGGCCCAUGGCCUUGACUCCAGUCAGCACCAGCAUGCCUCCAUUCCCACAAAGCUCCAUGACCCAGGAAGAGCUUAUGGUCUCCAUGGUGACAGGUCUUGCUUCACUUACCUCCCGCACUUCCAUGGGCGUCCUUGUAGUUGGCGGUGUGAUCUGGAAGGCAGUGGGCUGGCGUCUGAUUGCCUUGUCAGUGGGUCUAUAUGGGCUUCUCUACAUCUAUGAACGGCUCACCUGGACCACCAAGGCCAAAGAAAGAGUAUUCAAGAGACAGUUUGUGGACUACGCCAGUGAGAAACUGCAACUCAUUGUCAGCUACACUGGAUCCAAUUGCAGCCACCAAGUCCAGCAGGAGUUGGCAGGUGUAUUUGCUCAGCUUUGCCAGCAAGUAGACAUCACCCGUCAGAACCUUGAGGAUGAGAUAUCUCAUAUGAACAACAAGAUCGAGCAGCUCGAUAGCUUGCAGAGCAAGGCUAAACUGCUGCGGAACAAGGCGGGAUGGCUGGACAGCGAGCUGAACAUGUUCACCCAGCAGUACCUUCUGCACAGCACAUAAACCAGGCAGAGCAUCCACAAAGAGUCUGAGUUCCUCUUAACUGUGCCACUUUAAAGUUAUGUAAAUUUGAUUUUGUAUAUAUACUUUGAACACUGGACAAGUCUCAUGCUGAAGGAAGACAGUCCACACGGGGGAAUGGAAAAUUUUGGCUUAUGUAAGUAGAAUAUGAAUUGAAGACAUUAAAUAAUAUUUAUUUCUAUAUGCUGUAGUGUAUUUUAAAAAUGAAGCUUUUUUUCUCUCCUAAGAAUUAAGUUUUCACAAAUGACUUUGCUUGAGUUGGUGUUUAUUUGAAUUAUCCCUGGGAAAGAAACAAUUGCAUUUACAAAUGUUUCUUUCCCAGGGAUAUUUCAAAUUACAUUUACAAAUAGAAAUGGAAACUACUUUCACUCUUAAAUCAUAGUUCUGUGAGCAGUACUUAGACCUGACCUAUCCUUUCAGAAUGUUUUUGUUGAGACUGGAGUACAGUACCUGCACUGAUGGAAUUAUUAUUAUUAUUACCACCACCACCUUUUUUUAACCAGGUUUGUCCCAUUGAGAUCCAUGAUCUUUUACAAGAGAGAAAUGGCCAAGAAUGGCAGUACAUACAGUUAAAAACAACCGUUUUAACACACAAUAGCAUUUAAACAUAGACAUAAAAUAUACAAAUAAUUUAACAAGAUUAGUUAAAAUAAAACAUUUGCUCUCAAUUAAAAAAAUUGCAUUCCAAAAGCCUGCAUAUGAUUGGAUUGAUCAUAGCCUUAAAUGCAUUCAGAGAUCCCAGACUUCAGAUUUUGAACUCUGACAGCAAAAUGCUCCAUGUAGUUGGAGCAGCAAAUCUAAAAGCAUUCUUCCCCAUUUCUGUUCUGACCUCAGGAGCAGUGAAAUGCAGAAAGUCCUGCGAGCAGAGGCCGUAGGCCUUACUAUUCCUGACAAAAAGAGAUGAUAAAUAAGAUGGGAUCAUCUCAAGAAUAGCCUUAUAAAUCAAGACAUACCAAUGUAUAAACCUGUGGACAUGUGAAGAGGGUCAAUUUACUUUAGAAUACAAGAUGCAGUGAUGUGUUAAGUCUCCACAGUUUGUAAUAAACCUCAAAUCGCCAUGAUGCACACUAUCCAGGACAUGGAGGCAUUGAGCGGAGGCAUUCAUACAUAACACAUCACCAUAAUCAAUAAUUGGAAGAAAAGUUGACUCCAUCAGUUUUAGUUUCAUCCUAGAAGAAAAGCAAGACUUAUUUUGGAAAUAAAAUCCAAGUAAAAGCUUCAGCUUCUUUGCAAUACGCUGAAUAUGUGCCUUAAAAGACAGGUGGUCAUCAAUCAAGAACCCCAGAUAUUUAAAAGUAGAUGCAAGUUCAAUUUGUUGACCAUUACUGGUAACAAUGAAGGACUGAAUUGAUCUUGCUGAUUUUGAAUUGGUGAAAAACGUAAGUUUUGUUUUAUCAGUAUUUAGAAGAAGUCGCAAUUGGCAGAGUUGUUCUUGCACUCUAUUAAAUGCAUUCUGCAGGUGUGCAAACACUUCUGCACGCGUGGGUGCAAAGCAACAAAUGACUGUCGUCAGCAUAAAAAUGAAAGACUGCAUUUGGGAUAUUCACUCCACUAUCGUUUAUAUACAAGGUGUGAAUAUCAAAGAGCCUAGUACUGAACCCUGUGGUACACCCUUGUGGACAACCUGAACAUCAGAAGAAACCUUCUAACUGAACAGCCUGGGUUCUAUAUUUACGAUAGUUUGCAAACCAUCCUACUGCAUGUACAGAAAACCCAGCUGCGGUAAAACGUUCAGUAAAAAUGUCAUGGUCCACGGUAUCAAAGGUCUUAGAAAAGUCUAUAAAAAGAGAAAGACAACACUGUUAUCUAAAGCUUCUGUUAUAUCAUUUCUAACCUUCAAGGCUGCAGUGGUAGUACUAUGUUUUUUGCGAAAUCCUGACUGGGAAAUCGAUAGGAUAGAAUUAGUGACCAGGUAUUUUUUAACUUGUUCACUAACAAGGAAUUCAAGUACCUUAACCAGAACAGACAAUUUAGAAAUAGGCCUAUAAUUUAGAAUGGUUGGAUCUUCUCCUUUCAGGAGGGGGAUAACAAACGGAGAUUUCCAGACUUUGAGAAUUACAUUGGUCAACAAACUAACAUUAAAAUGUGACACAGUGGAACAGCUACAAUUUCAGAUGCCAGAUUUAAAAAGAGAGGCUCCAAAUUAUCUGGUCCUGGUGUUUUUUUUUUUAGGAUCAAGGUCUUUUAGAGCUUUAGCAACCUCUGCUGUAGAAAAAGGGGUAAAAUCAAAAGCCUGAACAGGGGCCCUGUCAACCAGUGGAGAGUCAUUAGAGGACUUUUCACUAGAUGAGGGUUGAUUAGAGGGUUUUUUAGAUUUAAACAAAAACCCAGAAGAAAUAACAUGUCUGUUAAAACAAUUUAAUAUGUCUGUUUAUUUCAUUUACUCUGCUACCAUCACUCAGGGGGAGAUUAACCGAAUUAGAGGUGGAAGACAAAGAUUUAAUUGCUUUCCAAAAUUUCUUUGGAUUUUUCAGACAUUCGGUAGUCAUGGACAAGUAAAACUCAGCCUUUAUAUUUCAGAGAAGAGAGUUACAUUAAUUUCUUAAUUGUCUAAAGUAAAGCCAAUCAGUUUCUAAACCUGAUUUACGUGCUCUAGCCCGUGCAGAAUUUCGUUCAUGCAAAACUUGUGCUAGUUCAGCUGUAAACCAUGGGUUAUCACAAGCUUUAAUUCUGAAUUUGUGUGGGGGGGCAUGUUUAUUAACAAUAUGACUUAAACUUUCAUAAAAAUAACUCCAGGCCAAUUCAACAUCAUCAAAAAGGGCAAUCCUAUCCCAAUCAGAAUGAUAAAGAUCAUGCAAGAAAGCCUGUUCAACAAACAUUUUCAUACUGCGCUUCUCUACAAAUCGUAGCUUACUUUUAGGAAGCGCUGUGUCUCUCACAACCGCUAUCACACAGUGAUAACUCACAUCAUUUGGAAAGACAUCUGAUGUCACAUAUUUGGAAGGCAUGUUGAUUAAAACUAAGUCAAUGAGUGUCGAUUUCUGACAAUCUUUGAAUUUGGGUCUAGUAGGGGAAUUAAUUGUGUAAGAUUAAGAGAAUCACACUGUGCUUUCACAUCAGCAGACACUGGCAUCAGUCAGUCCCAGUUUAAAUCACCCACCAAAGGUAGUUUAUUGUAUUUAAGCUGUGAUUAAAAACUUCACAAGGGAGGACAGUGCACUUUUGGGAGCAGAUGGUGGUCUAUAACAUCCCACCAGCAUAAUAUGGUGAUUUUUCGAUAAUUCUAUUUUAAGAGCAAGCAGUUCAAGCUCUUUAAAUACUGACCCUUUAAGCACUAAAUUAACAUCGAAAUUAUAAAUUGCAACUCCGCCCCCUUUUCUUGGACGAUCAGUACGAUAAACAUUGUAACCAUUAAUACAGAUAUCCUUAUCAUGCACAGAUUUUGUGAACAAGGUUUCAGAUAGAACAAUAACAUCAGCAUUUGUUGAAUUUAUCCAGACCUUUAUCAAGUCCGUCUUGUUGAGAAGACUCCUUCCAUUUAUAUGAAUUAAUCCAAGACCAGUUCUAGAUUUAAAAUCUGCUGGGGUGUAACACUGUGCCGGUGUUCCAGGGCCUGGAUUAGUCUCAACAUUCCCUGAAAGCAAUAACUAAACGUUUAAGCCUGAUGCUACAACGUUUUACAUCAGACACUUGACUGGAGGAGUAAACAUUAGCAGUAGAGAUGCUCACCCAAAACAAGGAGACAGCAGAACUGAAGAGUCAUAUCAGAAUUUAGCAACCACUUAGAUAUGUUCAAAGACACCAAAACCCUUUGCUUAUGUGAAGUUUUAAAGAGUAGUUUUGCAACAACUCUUGUGGAGGAAAGUCACAUUUUCAUGGGCAGAUUUGUGGAUUACCCAAGCUGCUAUAUCCUCCUGAGACGAUGUUCUAGAAGAAGGAGGAAUGCCACACGUGGGGCCACGACCCACCUGGUCCACACAAGGAGAUAAAGUAAAAUACAAUAAUUAGCGACAUUGUAGAGGAAAAAGUACAACUGUAGGCUUUGCUGGAGGCUGGUUGAAGCAGGCCACAGGCUGCAGAGCAGGGUGGAUGAAGCAGGCCACAGGCUGCAGAGCAGGGUGGAUGAAGCAGGCCACAGGCUGCAGAGCAGGGUGGAUGAAACGGCCUUCAGGCUCACAGUUCCAAGAAGCUCCAAACAGGCAGCAGCCAGCAAACCAGACCACAAGCAGAAGGAUCAGGCUGGAGCAUACAAGGCAGAGCAGCCUUCCAGUGUAGAAAAAGCAUGAACAAUCCACAGGCCUUCAAGAGUUGUCCAUUCAUUGGCAAAAAACCUUAGGUGAAAAAUGUUCAAAAAUACUAAAGCAGACUCCUAACAGAGACAAAAGACAUGUUGCCAUCUUGGAUGGUGGGAGGAGCCCAAAGACAAAGUUCACUUUAAUAGCAUCCAAAGUAGAAACUGCCUGUUCAGCUGAUGUGUCAAAUAGCUUUCACAUUUGUAGUUCAGUUUUUGAAAGAAUCAGUACUUUCCUAAAACUGUUGGUCACUGCAGUCUUUGUCAGUCGGUAAGAUUUUCUAAGCUUUGGAGAAGCACACGGUGUUUGUUAGCAGACAGUUAUUAGUUUAGUUCUUUUUGGAAUUUUUUGACAAGAAGAAAUCAGGCAACUGAUUCUGGCCUGGUCUUUUCUGGGCACAUGCAAAUUGUUUUACAGUUCAGGUCAUUGCCAAGCACAUAUCUGAGAUCAUUUAGAAACGGUGUCAUCACAGUGUUGGAGAGUUUGUCCACCAGAGAGCUAGUGUCCACAUGGUAAAAUGUCCCUGUCAGCACAUAUCCUGGUCACAUGUCUAAUUACCAAAUUUAUGGGUUUCUUAUCAAUAAUGUCAGUGGUAUGUUUUUAUGUAAGCGAUGGCUCAGAUUGAGCUGAUUUGUCAUUAUUUUUUCUUUCAAAUAUCACUAUCAGUAUAAGACGACAAAUUUGGUAUGUUCCCUACACUGAAGUAAAAUGAGGAUGUGCAGCUUUAUUUUCUAAUUAAGCUCAAAAUCCUAAAUCCCAAAAUUGUGUCAGACCUCAGAAUAUCUUUUAUGUGGCGCCAACUAUCUUCUGUACAAUGUUUUACAUCUGAAGUGAACACUACCUGUAUCAUCACUUCUCAGAGCAUUUGUUAGGGGGAGUAACACUUUUGUUUGCACAGGAUGCAGAUGUGGGCCAGCCUGUUACUGACCCACAAUCAUGGUCCACACAUGUCACAUACAUCAGUGUCUCACACACAAAUUUGUGCAUAUAAUGUAAUUUUAAAAAUUAAUUUUUCAAUUGGAAACUGAGGGGGAAAUGCAGAAAGUGAAUCAAAGUGAAUGUGCCUGAAUUUUCCCACUGUGACUGUGAGUCAUGGUUGAUGUGGCCAUGCUAGAAAAUAAAGCCAUACGCACGUACAAAUACUGUGUUGCCAAAUGAGCAGGUAGGCUGCUGGACACAUUUCAUUCAGAGUGAAAUCAUGAAUUUUAUUCAUUUGCAGGUUUUUUUUCUUCACAAACAAAUGUAAAACAAUAUAAUAUUUUUUUGGCUCCAGAAAGUUGAAAGUACCUGCAUGCAGUGACUGUUGUAGUUUGUUGUCCUUUUAAAAUGUUUAAAUGUACGUAAAAAUAAAGGUUAUACACUACUGAAAAAA